CUCUAGUACCUUCAUCACCUCCCUCAUUCCUCCUCCUCUUCAUCCACUUCAUCCCUCUCCCUCCUCCUCAGCCUCCGCAGUUCAGGAAUCCCGGCUGCUGUUCUGGCGUGGAGAGCGUCUGAGGAACAUCACCAGAGCUCUGAGACAUUCUGCUUUUUUCCUCAAGAGUGUGAAUAUCAAUGAAGGCUUUUGUGUAAUUUUUCAUAAACUUACUGAACCAUCUUCAUCAUCAUCAUCAUCAUCAUCAUCACUUUCAUCACUUUUUACAAGGAUGUAUCUGGAGAAUAAGAGCAGUCUGGAGAUGUCUCCAGCUGGAGCUCAGGGCCAUCAGAAGUCUGAGGCUGUGGCAGGAAACUUUGAUGAGCUGAUUCUCCUAGAAGGAUUUUCCAACAGGGCGGAGACUCGGAAGCUGCUGCAGGCCGCUACUGUACCGCCGGGUCACCACAUCAUCUACACUGACCACCAGGAGCACAGGCGAAACUUCAGCAUGGCGAACUUCCUGAGAGGAAAGACGAGCCUCACGGAGAGAUCUCCGCUGCUCCGCAUCACUCAGGACAACGGUUUAACAUACAUGACCCUGCGUGACCCCGGUUUCGGCCCCGGAGACGAGUUGUGGGACGGUAAUUCGGCAGAGUUGGAGCGGAGAUGUCGCCUGGGGAGCGAAGUGACCAGUCUGUCCCGCUCAAUGUCCACUGACAAAACCGAGAACAACUUCAAACUCUCCUCCAACCUCAGAAAUUGUUUAAGAGUCACAAAACUCGUGACCAUCUUCAUCAUCGUCAUUCUCUGUACACUGCUGUUCAGCAUGUUUCCUGAUCGAGAUCGUCCCUGGAGGAUGCUGGCCGUCUCGUCCACUUCAAGCUUCUCCAUGAACUUGACAAAUUUCCGUGAAAACGCGUUGCUGAAGCUGCAGGUGGGCGGGCCGUUUCAGGGCGGGAUCGAGAACGUUCCGGCGCAGGAGUACAUCCUGGUGCAGGUGGAGCAGACGGUGGAGAUAUCGGCCCGCAGGAAACGGGUGCAGCAGGUGUUUUAUAACUGGACCAUCCCUUUACAUUCCAAAAGGAGUGACCAGAUUCUGAAAACCAGGACUUUUACAAUGCUUCCCGGGGCUCCAAUCCAGAUUAAUGUCCAGGCCUUUCUGCAGGACAAUCAGGUGGUUCCUCUGUCCAUGACUCACCAGGCGCUUUCUCUACGAGUGGAAACUCAGGUGCUGAUCGCUGGACUCAUCCUGGCUGGAGUGUACGUGCUGAUCAUCUUCGAGAUUGUCCAUCGCACUCUGGCGGCCAUGUUGGGAUCACUGGCCGCUCUGGCAGCUCUGGCCUAUGUUGGAGACAGGCCCAGUCUGAUGACGGUUGUGGAGUGGAUCGACUUUGAAACGUUGGCCUUGUUGUUUGGCAUGAUGAUUUUGGUGGCCAUUUUUUCAGAGACUGGCUUUUUUGAUUAUUGUGCUGUAAAGGCGUAUCAGCUGUCCAGAGGACGAGUUUGGCCGAUGAUCAUCAUCCUGUGUCUCAUCGCCGCCAUUCUGUCCGCGUUCCUCGAUAACGUCACCACCAUGAUGCUCUUCACCCCCGUCACCAUCAGAUUAUGUGAGGUGCUGAAUUUAGACCCCAGACACGUCCUGAUCGCAGAGGUCGUCUUCACCAACAUCGGCGGAGCUGCAACGGCGGUCGGAGAUCCCCCCAACGUCAUCAUCGUCUCCAACCAAGACCUGCGCAAGAAGGGACUGGAUUUUGCUGCGUUUACAGGCUACAUGUUUCUGGGCAUCUGCCUGGUGCUGCUGACCUCCUUUCCCUUCCUGAGGAUUCUCUACUGGAAUAAAAAACUCUACAACAAGGAGUCCAGCGAGAUUGUGGAGCUGAAGCAUGAGAUUCUGGUGUGGAGGCAGACGGCUCAGCGGAUCAACCCCGCCAGCCGAGAGGAGACUGCUGUCAAGUGUCUUCUCAUGCAGAAGGUUCUCAACCUGGAGAGCCUCCUGCGCAAGAAGCUAAAGACCUUCCAGAGGCAAAUAUCCCAAGAGGACAAAAACUGGGAGAAUAACAUCCAGGAGCUCCAGAAAACGCACAGAAUCACAGAUAAAGUCCUGCUGGUGAAGUGUGUGUCGGUGCUCUCCAUAGUCAUCUUCAUGUUCUUCCUGAACUCCUUUGUAGCUGGGAUUCAUCUGGAGCUUGGUUGGAUCGCGGUCUUGGGCGCUCUGUGGCUGCUCAUUCUGGCCGAUAUUCAGGACUUCGAGAUCAUCCUGCACAGAGUGGAGUGGGCCACACUGCUCUUCUUCGCCUCACUGUUUGUGCUCAUGGAGGCUUUGGCGCAGUUACAGCUGAUUGACUACAUCGGUGCUCAGACAGCGGCGUUAAUUAAAGCUGUACCAGAGGGCGAGCGUCUGGCCAUCGCCAUCAUCCUGGUCAUGUGGGUCUCGGCUUUGGCUUCCUCACUCAUAGACAACAUUCCCUUCACUGCUACCAUGAUUCCAGUGCUGAUCAACCUGAGCCAGGACGACGACGUGAAUCUGCCGGUCAAACCCCUCAUAUUUGCUCUGGCCAUGGGAGCAUGUUUAGGAGGGAACGGGACGCUGAUCGGCGCCUCGGCGAACGUGGUGUGCGCUGGAAUCGCAGAGCAGCAUGGAUAUGGAUUUUCCUUCAUGGAAUUCUUCAGGUUGGGUUUCCCCAUGAUGAUGAUGACGUGUACGAUAGGCAUGUGCUACCUGCUGGUCACUCACAUAGGACUGGGCUGGAACAUCUAAACCUGAUGAUGAGGAGGAGGAGGAUGAAGAUGAGGAGGAAACAUUCCAGUCCAUUCUUUCUUUCUGACUGCCCAGUGCACCAUAACUGCACAGAUGUGAUAAAAAUAAUUGGAACAAGGGAACGCCUGCUGCAUUUUUCUGCUGUUUUACGGUGCUAUUGUUUAUCUCUGGAGUUAUUCCUACUGUAAGGUGGAUGGUGGGCGGAGUCUUGGUGCGUUCGUUUAUGUAGUAACACUUUUAUUCUGACCAGAAGCAGCAGCAGCAGCUAGAUAUAACAAAGCAAAGCCUGAUCGAUGCACUAGGCUUUCAUGCUAGCAAGCUAACUGUACUACAGUAGCUACGUAUCUCAUGACAUAAGCAGGUCAUAAACAUGACAUAUGCCUAUAUCAGGUGCACUUUAUGACAUUGUUACAUCAUGACAUCAUCAUGUGUUUUAGAGAAUAUCAGCUAUGCUAAAAUAUUUUCUGCAAAGUAUUUUUUUCAAUUUAUUGUGUAGUUUUUAUCAGUUUAUAGUUACCAGUUUUUUAAAUGUUUACAGAACAUCUGUGAAAGGAAUUUGUUCCUGUUCUCAGCUGCAAAAACAAACAAACAAACAAAUAAGAACGCAGCUUGAUAUGACCGAGAAUUUAAAAAAUCUGUCUGUUCUGAGGAUGUCGGGAAUGUCACCUCUGACACCGGAGACUCCUUCCGUAAAUCGUUGCUAGUGUGAAGCCAUAAUGAAAGAGCUGUUGCUAUAGCAACGGUUACGCAUUCAUACAAACCUGUGUUUUUUUUUAAAAUCAGAUUCUGCCCAAUGAGAAUCUGGAACUGAUAUGAAACAAAAAUAAGACCGAUAUUUGAAAUAUAAUUGGUGUUAAAGCUAAUUAGCACACAUAAGCAGAACUAGCAUGUGACAAACUGCGAUUAACUCAAACUCCAGCACCGUGACAUGAAGAUACAUGAUGAGACAUGGCCGCGUCGAUGGGAUUAUUUUUGCUAUGCCUCUCUCCGUCUGUGGUUCAGGCACCAGAACAUCUCAUGAAUGGGAUUUUCCUACUGAAUGAAGCCUGACCUGAGUCCAGCUGAACCUCUGCUGCAUAGGAAACCUCUGACCAUCUCUCUUCUCAUCGUUCCACAAACCCGUUCUGCUGCAGGGUUCAUCGUCUCCGAGCGUUUUGACUCUCUACUCGACUUAAACACAGGAGGAGAAAACAGUCGACCUCAACUUUAAUUACUGCAGCUUUAAUGAAACACAGCUCAAAAAAUAGACCUUAAAACUUCUUUAAUCUAAAUCUUCUUUUUAUUUCAAAUGAGCUCCAUUCCUGGACUUUAGAUAUUUCCUCUUAAUAUCUGUGAGUCAGAAUAAUAUUCUCCGUCUCUGUCGUUCCAUGUUCCAGACACCUCGGAAAUCCCUGCUACGCUUUUAUUAUUGAUUCAUAUAUGUUUGUUCUUUUCUUAAUCCUGUAAUCGAACACUGAAGCUGACAGUAAAUGUAAAUUAAACUCGACACACUCGGUAAACUCUGUUUCCUGGUUG